AAAAAUUAAAAAAAAAUCAGUUUAACUCUAAUGAAAAUGAAACAGAGGAGUAAUAAAUAAUUUAAAUAUUAAAUAGAUAAAAAAAAAUAAGGAUAAAAGUAACGAAAGAAAUUCAAAAAAUAAAUAAACCCACCACAUGGACAGCAAUUCGAAGAUGGCUCCUUUGUUUCCGUCUCCUCUAGAGCGCCCCGUUGAUUCAGCUCUCCUCUUCCUCUCCACCACACCUCUUUCUCUAUCUCCUCUCAAGUUGAAUUCCGGUGCCGAGACGUCAGAGGACAGAAAGAACAGUGAAGAGGGCUUGAGCGUGGCUUCAAUUGGAUCGAAAUCAUCCUCUUCGUAUCUCACCAGUGAUAUUCCCUCUAAGGAGGUUCGACCGCAUAAGCUGAGCUUUGUCACCGUCGAACCUAGCUGCCAUGAACUCAUGAAACUCAAGGGAUCCAUGUCCACAAGGGCAUCGUGUUUAUCGAGCAGCUCCAGCGCGAUCUCAAGCGCACAAAGCAAACACUUCGCUGGGGUUGAGAAAAAACCGACAGCAAAUCUUGAGAAAUUAAGGAAGAAAGCGAGGCAUCUCAAGUCAAAUGCGCAGCCGAGAUGAAGGGAUUCUAAAGUUACUAUCCGGCGGUGGUAGGGAUGGAAAGGGUUCCCACGAGACAGGAUCCCUCCCAUUCCCAUUAAUGGCGGGUGUGGGGAUUUUCACGAAAAUUUUAGAUGAGGGGUAAAAAAAUGUCCCCUGUUCC